GAAACACAUGUAGGGACGCAGAGGCUCAACGGAAUGCGGACUGGGCUUUGCUUCUCUUUCCAGCACUGUGGGGCCUGGGCAGAAGAACCCACUGGGACCCCUCCUCCGGCUGCCUCUCCGGAAUGAGGCCUCAGCGCCCGCGUGGGACGGCUACCUUUCUCUUAAGAGAGAGCCCAAGGGCGGGCUGAAGCCGAGACGAUGCCUGGGAAGCUGAAGGUGAAAAUCGUGGCCGGGCGCCAUUUGCCAGUGAUGGAUCGUGCUAGUGACCUGACUGAUGCCUUCGUGGAGGUAAAAUUUGGUAAUACCACAUUUAAAACAGAUGUGUACCUCAAGUCACUCAACCCUCAGUGGAACUCCGAAUGGUUUAAAUUUGAGGUGGAUGAUGAAGACUUACAGGAUGAACCUCUACAGAUCACAGUUCUUGACCAUGAUACUUAUAGUGCAAAUGAUGCCAUUGGUAAAGUGUAUAUUGAUAUUGAUCCUUUACUGUACAGUGAAGCUGCAACAGUCAUCUCAGGAUGGUUUCCAAUUUAUGACACCAUACAUGGUAUCCGUGGGGAAAUCAAUGUAGUUGUCAAAGUAGACCUCUUCAAUGAUUUAAAUCGAUUCAGGCAGUCAUCAUGUGGAGUGAAAUUCUUUUGCACAACAUCUAUUCCAAAGUGCUAUAGAGCUGUGAUAAUUCAUGGAUUUGUUGAAGAACUUGUAGUCAAUGAAGACCCAGAAUAUCAGUGGAUUGAUCGAAUUCGCACACCCAGGGCAUCAAAUGAGGCCAGACAAAGACUAAUUUCUCUAAUGUCAGGUGAACUGCAGAGGAAGAUUGGCUUGAAAGUACUCGAAAUGAGAGGAAAUGCAGUUGUUGGGUACUUACAGUGUUUUGAUCUGGAGGGCGAGUCUGGGUUAGUGGUACGAGCCAUAGGAACAGCGUGUACUCUGGAUAAAUUAAGUAGCCCAGCAGCAUUCCUUCCUGCAUGUAAUUCCCCAUCCAAAGAAAUGAAGGAGAUUCCCUUCAAUGAAGAUCCCAAUCCCAAUACUCACUCAUCAGGACCCUCAACCCCUCUGAAAAACCAAACUUAUUCCUUUUCACCUUCCAAGUCCUACAGUCGACAGUCCUCUUCUUCUGACACAGAUUUGAGUUUGACACCCAAAACUGCAUCUUACCCACAGGGACCUAGGAUUUACCUGUGUCCCAGCUCCCCCUCUCUCUCUUGUGGUUCCCUUCAUCUUAAAAAGUCCUGUCUCCUCCUCUCGGAAUCUAGCCUUACCCCUCAUCAUUCUAGCCUUGUCAGCCCAGUUCUGAGGAAAAGUGUUUCUUUCAGUGAAGAGCUGUUCCUGGCUGCUUCUGGAAUGGGAAGUGGUAGUGCUGGAAAAGAAGGGGGGCCAUUUAAAGCUCUUUUAAGACAGCAGACACAGUCAGCGUUGGAACAGAGGGGAGGAUCACCUCAUAGGUUCUGUAGAAGGCGGGAAUUUCCAUUUUUUACCUUGACGGCAUUUCCUCCUGGAUUUCUUGUCCAUGUUGGGGGUGUUGUUAGUGCACGUUCUGUGAAGCUUUUGGACCGUAUCCACAAUCCUGAUGAACCAGAAACUCGAGAUGCAUGGUGGGCAGAAAUCAGACAAGAAAUAAAAUCACAUGCUAAAGCAUUAGGCUGUCAUGCGGUAGUGGGCUACAGUGAAUCAACUAGCAUCUGUGAAGAGGUCUGUAUUUUAUCUGCAUCCGGCACAGCAGCUGUACUGAACCCUAGAUUUCUGCAGGAUGGCACUGUGGAGGGCUGUUUGGAACAGAGGCUCGAUGAAAACUUGCCUGCGUGCUGUGGAUUUUGCCAUAUACCGUAUGAUGAACUGAAUAUGCCAUUUCCAGCUCAUCUCACGUAUUGCUAUAACUGCAGGAAACAAAAAGUUCCUGAUGUUCUCUUUACGACUAUAGACCUCCCAACAGAUGCAACAGUUAUUGGAAAAGGUUGUCUUAUUCAAGCAAGAUUAUGUCGCUUAAAAAAGAAAGCACAGGCAGAAGCAAAUGCUACAGCUAUCAGUAAUCUAUUGCCAUUUAUGGAAUAUGAAGUACAUACUCAGCUAAUGAAUAAAUUAAAACUCAAAGGAAUGAAUGCUUUGUUUGGACUAAGAAUUCAGAUCACUGUUGGUGAAAAUAUGUUGAUGGGCUUAGCGUCUGCCACAGGUGUAUAUUUAGCAGCUUUACCAACUCCUGGUGGUAUUCAGAUUGCUGGGAAGACUCCUAAUGAUGGCUCAUAUGAACAGCAUAUCUCUCAUAUGCAAAAGAAGAUAAAUGACACAAUUGCUAAGAACAAAGAGUUAUAUGAAAUCAAUCCUCCAGAGAUCUCUGAAGAAAUUAUAGGAUCACCCAUCCCAGAACCUAGACAACGCUCAAGACUUUUAAGAUCUCAGUCAGAAAGCUCUGAUGAAGUUACAGAAUUAGACCUUUCACAUGGGAAAAAAGAUGCUUUUGUUUUGGAGAUCGAUGACACAGAUGCCAUGGAAGAUGUGCAUUCUCUGCUCACUGACGUCCCUCCUCCUUCAGGAUUUUAUAGUUGUAAUACAGAAAUUAUGCCUGGUAUAAAUAAUUGGACAUCUGAAAUACAGAUGUUCACUUCAGUAAGAGUAAUCAGAUUAAGCAGCCUGAACCUCACUAAUCAAGCUCUCAAUAAGAACUUUAAUGAUCUCUGUGAAAAUUUGCUCAAGAGCCUGUAUUUUAAACUACGAUCUAUGAUCCCCUGCUGCCUUUGCCACGUAAAUUUUACGGUAUCUCUGCCUGAAGAUGAAUUAAUUCAGGUUACAGUCACAGCUGUUGCAAUAACUUUUGACAAAAAUCAGGCUUUACAAACCACAAAAACACAUGUUGAAAAGUCAUUGCAAAGAGCCUCUACAGAUAAUGAAGAACUUCUGCAGUUUCCACUGGAACUCUGUUCAGAUUCACUUCCUUCUCAUCCUUUUCCACCAUCUAAAGAACACCUGGAGAGUGCAAGUUCUAACUCAGGUAUACCAGCUGCACAGAGAGCAACGUCAGUUGAUUACAGUUCCUUUGCAGACAGAUGCAGCAGCUGGAUAGAGCUCAUUAAACUGAAAGCUCAGACCAUAAGGCGCGGAUCAAUUAAGACAACUGUGACAGUUGAAAAAGCAAGUCCAAUGGCUGAAGGAAAUUUCCGAAGUCGUUCUGCUCCCCCUUGUGCAAAUUCCACAGUUGGGGUUGUUAAGAUGACACCUCUUUCUUUCAUUCCUGGAGCAAAAAUUACCAAAUAUCUUGGGAUAAUUAAUAUGUUUUUCAUCCGGGAAACCACUUCUCUUCGUGAGGAAGGAGGAGUUAGUGGUUUUCUCCAUGCUUUCAUUGCUGAAGUGUUUGCUAUUGUGAGAGCUCAUGUUGCUGCAUUAGGAGGGAAUGCUGUUGUCUCCUACAUAAUGAAGCAGUGUGUCUUCAUGGAGAAUCCAAAUAAAAACCAGGCACAGUGUCUUAUAAAUGUAAGUGGUGACGCAGUGGUUUUUGUUCGUGAAUCUGACUUAGAAGUGGUGUCAACUCAGCAGCCCACUGCCACUUGCCAGCCGUCAUGCACGGGAGAAGUUACAACAUGAAGAAAAUUAGGAAGAGCUCAACUAAGUGAAAUUCAUCUGUCUCCAUUGUAUUGUUAUAAAUUAUCUUAGUAGAUUUAAGAAUAUUGAACUUAAUUUGAGAUAAUUAAGAAAGAAUUAGCACAUUAUGAGCAGAUUUGAUUUGCCUGGAAUCUCUUGGAAGCAUGAGAAUUUUCUAAUCUUGAUGUUUUCUUUGCCUGGUGUAGACAGACAGGCCCGUGGAAUCUUGACCCUUCAGUAUGCUAGGAUAAAUUUCUAAGAGAACUGUAGCAAAGAUGGGAGCUAUUUGUAAUUUAUGUUGAUUUUAAUAAAAUCAUAAUUUAAAAAAUGAGAAGGGAGGAUAGUCAGGAAACUAGGAUCGGGUAACUAGAUAGGAUAGCUACCUUAAAGUAAUUUGAAAAACUAAGGAAGAAAUUCACAAAUUGUUAGUGAAUAAGCAGUCUGAUUGGAGAAGUGUGUGGCGAAAAUAGAGAAAAGGUUUCAGAAAACUCUGCAUUUCUUAAUGUGUUUUAUUUUGGUGAGAAAUUUGGUAACAGCUGAAACAGGAAAGUAUUUCAGCCAUCUUUUGAAAAGAAGCUAAAAGUCUGCAACUUGUAUUCGUAAUUCAUCCCAACUACUUUACUGUAAAAGAAAAAUUACUUUAUCAAAGCUGGUGUUCUUUCACUGAAAAUUUUAAUAAUAUCUCUAAGAAGUGGGGAAAUUCUUAUAUAAUUUUAUAACUUGCCACACUGGAGUUAGUAUUUAAUGUUUAGAAGAGGCUCCAUUUCAACUGAGAAGAAAACUUCAAUGAAUUUUGUUGAAGUAAUAAAAAUACAGUUGAUCUUGUAGGAACAUAAGUUAUUUUCUGAUAAAAUUAUAUUGCACUCCUUCCAAAUAAACAGAAUUUUAGUAAAGUCUUGGGGAUUUUUGAUGGUGAGUUAGACUGUAUUUGGCAUGGAAUUUGGAAAUAUAACUUGAAUGUAAAUAAAUAUGCUGCAAAAUGUUGAAUACAUAGAAAUACUUUCUCUGUCAAUGCCAAAUGGCCACUGUAAAUGAACCUUCAAUAUUACAUUCCUACUUUGCAUCAUAAAAUGUCUUUAUAAAAAUCAUGAUUUUGUUCUCCCAGGACAGCAAACUGCCCUAAAGAUUGAGUCAUUUUCUUGUUAUC